AUGGAGUUUUCCACUUUUCCCCCGGACGACUUCAGGGAGCGCUUCUCCGUGACUCCCUUUAACAGCAGCACGUCCGCGGAGGAGCUGCGGACCGCCGCGUCCAACCAGACCAGCAGGGACGCGACGCGGCUGCUGCUGGCGGUGAGCAUCACGGCGCUCUACUGCCUGGUGUGCGUGGUGGGGCUGCUGGGGAACGUGCUCGUCAUGUACGGGGUGGUCAGGUACACCAAGAUGAAGACGGCCACCAACAUUUACAUCUUCAACCUGGCUCUGGCCGACGCUCUGGCCACAAGCACCCUCCCCUUCCAGAGCGCCAAGUACCUGAUGAGCACGUGGCCCUUUGGCGAGCUGCUGUGCAAGGUGAUAAUCGCCAUCGAUUACUACAACAUGUUCACCAGCAUCUUCACGCUCACCAUGAUGAGCGUGGACCGCUACGUUGCCGUGUGUCACCCCGUCAAGGCCUUGGACUUCCGCACGCCCGCCAAGGCGAAGCUCAUUAACGUCUGCAUCUGGAUCCUCGCCUCCGCCGUCGGAGUCCCUGUGAUGGUGAUGGCCAUUACCGAGGAGAAAGACGGAAGAACCAUCUGCAAGCUCAAAUUUCCAGAACCGGAUCUGUACUGGGACACCGUCACCAAAGUGUGUGUGUUCAUCUUCGCCUUCGUGGUGCCCGUGCUGGUGAUCACCGUGUGCUACGGCCUGAUGAUCCUGCGGCUGAAGAGCGUCCGCCUGCUCUCCGGCUCCAAAGAGAAGGACAGGAACCUGCGGCGGAUCACCCGCAUGGUGCUGGUGGUGGUGGCUGCGUUCAUCGUCUGCUGGACGCCCAUCCACCUCUUCAUCAUCGUCAGGACCGUGGUGAGCGUCGACGACAAGAGCCUCCUGGUGACGGCCAGCUGGCACCUGUGCAUCGCCCUGGGCUACGCUAACAGCAGCCUGAACCCCGUGCUCUACGCCUUCUUGGACGAGAACUUCAAGAGGUGCUUCAGGGAUUUCUGCCUGCCCUAUCGCUCCCGUCUGGAGCAGAGCAGCUUCUCCAGGGCGCGGAACAGCGCCAGGGAGCCGGCGUCCGUCUGCGCCCGCGCCACCACCGACAGGCCGCCCGCCUGACUAGGCGUGGAUCUGUCGGGCGGCAGGACGCUUCACAAUGACCUCCCGACAGAGGUCACUCAGGUCUCCACCACGGGAGUCUGAAUCCGUUUCAACAGCUGAUUGUGAUUUCGGUUUUAUUUGACGAAACUUCUACGACUUGGUUUUUUGAAACACACUUUUAAUGUGAUCACAGAAAUUCCUACGUGUGCCUGUGCAAAGGAACACUUCACUUUAAAAGUGUACAUAGAUACUUACGGUGUAAAUAA